AAGGACGAGGUGCGCGGGCAGCUGGACAGCGCCCUGCAGGACGUGAACGUGCGCUAUGCUGUGCUGGAGGAGACUGAGAAGAGGGCCGUGUGCCGGGCGCUCAUCGAAGAGAGGGGCCGUUACUGCGCCUUUGUCAGCAUGCUCAAACCUGUGCUGGUGAGUAGGUUAUAUUAUUAUCAUCUGAUCUAGAAUCAGUCGGUGUUCAUGACAAAUAUGUGUUCAUGAGUUAGUUAUAGUCUCAUCUGAUCCAGAAUCUGUCAGUAUUCACGUCAAACCUGUGCUGGGGUUAUCGUCUCAUCCAGAAUCAGUCUGAUCUAGAAUCAGUUUCCAUGCCAAAUAUGUAUUUUUGGGGUGGUUGUUAUUAUAAUUAAAAUCCAGAAUCAGUCUUUAUGAUUCAAGCCAAAACUGUGUGGGUGAGGGCUUUAUACUCUCAUCUGACCCAGAAUCAGUCAGUACUACCUAGGCCUAGACUGGCCCAAGGAUCUAGUUGGAAUGCUCAGCUGCUAAAGUUGAUCUAUUUUUAUAUAAAAAGUCUCUGGCUUCUGUUUUAGUGAUGGGAACAGGUUGGAGGCCCCAGAACCCCAUAAUGAAACACCAUGCAAGCUCAUUGGUGUUUACACUGUUGACAUGAGAGAGAGUCUCUUGGGUGAAUCUGGCAGUGAUUGAUGGUGAUAGGACAGUCAGUGCCCCAAGGCCUCAGUUCCCCAUAGGGCUCUCGUCAAAAGUAGUGCACUAUGUAGGGAAUAGGGUUCCAUUUGGGACGCAGACAGUGUUACUUAACGUUUUGUCACAUGCACAAGUACAUUGAAAUGCUUAACUUGCAAGCCCUUCCCAACAAUGCAGUAUUCAAUAUCAAAAUAGAAAAAUAUGAGAAAUAAAAAAAGGGGGGGGGGGGGGGGUGUGUAAGCUGUCUUAGUGGGUAGAGACCUGUGGAUGAGUCAAUGUGGAUAGACUGUGGGAGAGCAGUAGUUGUUAGCCAUUUAACAGUCUUAUGGCCAGGAGAUAGAAGCUGUUUAGGGGUAUGUUGGUCUGAGCCUUGAUACCACCUGCCGGAAGGAAGCAUAGAGAACAGUCCAUGUCCCGGGUGGCUGGAGUCUGGCAAUUUUUGGGGCCUUUCUCCGACACCGCCUGCCAUGUACGUCCUGGGAGCUUACCCCCAGUGAUGUGCUGGGCCGUCCGCACCAGCCUCUGUAGGGCCUUCCGGUCCAGGGCAGUGUAGUUGCCAGACGGUGAUACAACCAGUCAGGAUGCUCUCGAUGGUGCAGCUGUAAAAGUUCUGAGGGGCCAUGCCAAAUCGUUUCAACCUCCUGAGGGAGAAGGGGUGCUAAAAUUGAAAGAAAUUACACCAAAUAUCUCUCAAUUCUACGGAUCACGUCAUCUCAUUAUACGCCGACGAUAUCUUACUUUAUCUAGCCAAUGUAUCUCAAUCUCUCCCAAAUGCUUUGAAGAUCAAAUUCAGCUCCAUUUCACGUUUUAAAAUAAAUCUGCCUCUUAAGAACCCGACAGAGGGACCCCAUCUCUUCUUAUGGAAUCCCAAUCGUUUCCCAUUUUAAAUAUUUAGGAAUAGAUAUAUAUAUAUAUUUAUUUUAGAUAAAAUCAUUGCCUAAAAACUAAAACAUAACGCUCAAAUCAAUUCAAUCAGACCUCAGUAGAUGGAUUAACAUCCCAGUCGCUCUAACUGGCAGAAUUUCUAUUGUGAAAAUGAAUAUAUUGCCUUGGUUGAAUUGUGAGCUCAAUGCUUCCUAUGUUUGCCCCUUCCGGCUAUUGGGAUGAAAUCCAUAGUGCAUUUUCAGAAUGUACAGUACCAGUCAAAUUCUGGACACCUUAUUGUUCCAGGGUUUUUCUUAAUUUUUUACAAUUUUCUACAUUGUAGAAUAAUAGUGAAGACAUCAAAACUAUGAAAUAACACAAAUGGAAUUAUGUAGUAACCAAAAAAGUGUUAAACAAAUCAAAAUAUUUUUUUGAUUCUUCAAAGUAGCCAUGCUUUGCCUUGAUGACAGCUUUGCACACUCUUGGCAUUCUCUCAACCAGCUUCAUGAGGUAGUCACCUGGAGUGCAUUUACAUUAACAGGUCUGCCUUGUUAAAAGUUAAUUUGUAAAAUGUCUUACCUUAAUGUGUUUGAGCCAAUCAGUUGUGUUGUGACAAGGUAGGAGUGGUAUACAGAAGAUAGCCCUAUUUGGUAAAAUACCAAGUCCAAAUUAUGGCAAGAACAGCUCAAAUAAGCAAAGAGGAACAACAGUCCAUCAUUACUUUAAGACAUGAAGGUCAGUCAUUCCGGAAAAUGUCAAGAACUUUUCUUAAAGUGCAGUCGCAAAAACCAUCAAGCGCUAUGAUGAAACUGGCUCUCAUGAGGAUCGCCACAGGAAAGCAAGACCCAGAGUUACCUUUGCUGCAGAGGAUAGGUUCGUUAGAGUUAACUGCACCUCAGAAAUUGCAGCCCAAAUAAAUGCUUCACAGAGUUCAAGUAACAGACACAUCAACAUCAACUGUUUAGAGGAGACUGCGUGAAUCAGGCCUUCAUGGUCAUAUUUCUGCAAAGAAACCACUACUAAAGGACACAAAUCAGAAAAAGAGACUUGCUUGGGCCAAGAACACGAGCAAUGGACAUUCGACCGGUGGAAAUCUGUCCUUUGGUCUGAUGAGUCCAAAUUUGAGAUUUUUGGUUCCAACCGCCGAGUCUUUGAGACGCAGAGUAGGUGAACGGAUGAUCUCUGUGUGUGUGGUUCCCACCAUGAAGCAUGAAGGAGGAGGUGUGGGGGUGCUUUGCUGGUGACACUGUCAGUGAUUUAUUUAGAAUUCAUGGCACACUUAACCAGCAUGGCUACCACAGCAUUCUGCAGCGAUACGCCAUCCCAUCUGGUUUGCGCUUAGUGGGACUAUCAUUUGUUUUUCAACAGGACAAUGACCCAAAACACACCUCCAGGCUGUGUAAGGGCUAUUUGACCAAGGAGGGUGUUGGAGUGCUGCAUCAGAUGACCUGGCCUCCACAAUCACCCGACCUCAACCCAAUUGAGAUGGUUUGGGAUGAGUCGGACCGCAGAGUGAAAGAAAAGCAGCCAACAAGUGCUCAGCAUAUGUGGGAACUUCUUCAAGACUGUUGGAAAAGCAUUCCUCAUGAAGCUGGUUGAGAGAGUGCAAAGGGUGGCUACUUUGAAGAAUCUGAAAUCUAAAAUAUAUUUUGAUUUGUUUAACACUUUUUUGGGUACUACAUGAUUCCAUAUGUAUUAUUUCAUAGUUUGAUGUCUUCACUAUUAUUCAACAAUGUAGAAAAUAGUUUAAAAAAGCUGAUCUAAGUUGAAGUUAAAGAAAAAAUACUUACCUGGUAAUAUAAAUGCUUCUCUCAGAUCUUGCUAUGUCCUCAAACCAUUACAUCGCAAAGGGUAUGGAUACCACAUUUGGACCAUUGGGACGCCCAGACUCCAAUAUUUAACAAUAAUGCCUUGCGAUCUGUAGGAAGGCCUUUCACAUCGCCCCAAUGGUCCAAAUGUGGUAUCCAUACCCUUUGCGAUGUAAUGGUUUGAGGACAUGGAAAGAUCUGAAAGAAGCAUUUAUAUUACCAGGUAAGUCUUUUUUCUUUAACCUCAACUUAGAUCAGCUAUGCUGGCCUAUGGAGUUCCAUGGAAAACCCAGCUGUAGAACCAUCCAAUGAUGGAAUUUGUAAACAUAUUAUCUGGUCUCCCGAAAGGACUAGGGAAGAUGAGGGAGGAGAAAUAUGAUGGCCAUGCAUCAUUUUUGCAAAUAAGACCUUGCUUUUUCAUUGUAAGCUCAUUUACUUGUGUUGCUGCCAGUCAAAUAGGGUUGCACUUCUCUUGUCAUCUGAUCAAAUUUAAGCUGUUUUCUGCUGAAUGUCUUGCACUAAUGUAUGUUCUGUGAAGGAAAACUAUAGUUGCACCUCCCUGAUCACUCACUCUAUUGAAGCAAAAAAAACACACUCACUUUCAAUAUAAAACGUGACCCUUGUCAAUACACAGCUGGACUCACGCUUUCUCUCAUUGUCCUAUUUACAAACAAACGUGACUGGUUUAACUGUUCUGGGGAACUACGGUAAGCUUCGGAAUGUAAAAUAAUGUGAUCUGCUUCAUCUCCUAACGUAUUGCACAAGUUGACUGCUGGUAUUUACAAAAAGAAUUGCUAUAAAUAUACACAUUUAUUGAAAAACUUCAAAGAAAUUGUUUUGACGGUAUUGAAAGACCAUCCCGUGGCUAUUUCCAAAUACCCUGGUAUACCGCCCAAGCUUUGUUACUAGGGGCUAUUUGUAACUGUUAGUUGUUUCUGGGAUCUGUGGUUAGGGGCAACGCUGUGGUUUUUGGUGAUUGGUUGUGUGUCUGUGAUCUGAUCUGUGGUUGUGUGUUUGUGUGUGUGUGUGUGUGCAGGAUCAUGAGAUCUGCAUGCUGGGGGAAGUGACCCACCUGCAGACCAUCCUGGAAGACCUGAGCAACCUGACGGCUGAGCCCAGCAAACUGCCCCCCGCCAGCGAACAGGUAAGCUGGAUGAUUCACUCACACACACACACACACUUGUUCGCGCCACACACACAGAGACAUCAAUAUACCUUCCCAAAUGCACUUAACCACAUACUCGCACACACACACACACACACACACACACACACACAGUGUUAGAUAUUCCCACAGUUCCAUGUACUCAUUCUCACACAUUAAAAGCUUUUUUCUCCCAACUUCUCAACAGGUGAUCCUGGAUCUGAAGGGAUCCGACUACAGCUAC